GCGAAGGCGGGCGGCAGCUCGGUUCCCCCCAGGCUGGGAGGCGGAGGGCGGGCAGCGCCGGGGGCGGCCCGGGCCCCCCCGGAGGGAGGCGGGGAAGGCGGCGGAGCUCCCGGUGUCCCGCGGCGCUCCCACCGCCCCGGCCGGCCGGACCCGCUCCCUCCGCGGGCAGCCCCGGCCCCGCCAGGCAGCCACAUCGCCCUGAGCCACUGCCCUGGGCACCAUGAGGGGUCUCUGGGCCCUCAUGCUCAUGGGGCUCAUCAGUGCCUGCGAGGGGAAGGAUCUGCCGCUGGCAGAAGGGGAGCUGUGCCCACAGCUCUGGGAUGAGGAUCUGGUCGGCGACAAGUAUGAGAAUGUGACGGGUUUUAACCUGAUUAAAAGGUUCGACCUGCUCAAGAUCUCCUCCAUCAAGAAGGUCCGGCACACACGGGGGCCAGUGGUGCUGCGCCUGGGCGCUGUGCCGCUGGUGCAGCCGACACAGAAGGUGUUCCCCCGAGGGCUGCCCCACACCUUCACCCUCGUCCUCACCUUGCUGCUGAAGAAGAACAGCACUGGGGAGCACUGGUACCUCUUCCAGAUCACCGACCGGCAGGGCUACCCCCAGCUCUCCCUGGCCGUGCAUGGCCCAGAGAAGAGCCUGGAAUUUCAAGCCAGGGCUCCGGGAUCCACGUUCGUCAGCGCCGUGUUCUCCGGGAAGGCCGUGGCCUCGCUCUUUGAUGGGUCGUGGCACAAGGUGGUGGUGGCGGUGCAGAGCCGCGCCGUUUCCGUGCACCUCGACUGCGCCUCCAUCUCCUCCAAGCCGCUGUCGGCGCGGCGGGCGCUGGCCGCGGAGGGCAAUGCCUUGCUGGGGCUGGAUGCCACGCGCGGCACCCCCGUGCGGUUCGACCUCCAGCAAGCUCAGAUCUACUGUGAUGCCGAGCUGGCCAAGCAGGAGGGGUGCUGUGAGAUCUCAGCCAGCGGGCAGUGCCUCCCAGAAGCACCCAAGACGCGUCGGCAAGCGGAGCUGAUGCAGAGCAGCAACCUGAUCGAGCUGUCACCGCAGCCUGAGGGCCGCCUGUACACCCGCUGCUUCUGCCUGGAGGAGCCGCUGGGCACGGAGCCACUGAGGACCUCAGGAAGGACUGGCCCAAAGGGAGAUCAAGGAGAGUGCCCACCCUGCUCAUCACAAACGGCCUCGACAAAUGUCACGCUUGGCCCCGCAGGUCCAAAGGGUGGGAAGGGUGAGCGAGGUCUGCCCGGCACCACCGGCAGCAAGGGGGAGAAAGGCGAGCGUGGCGCUGACUGCGUGCGCACCCACCCCGGCGGCCCCGUGCAGUGCGCCGAGGGGCCGCGGGGCGAGAAGGGGCAGCGUGGAGAGGCGGGAAUACCGGGGACAGCCGGCAGCGAUGGGCAGAAGGGCCAGAAGGGUGAGAAAGGCGACGGGGGACUACAGGGCAAGCCGGGGCGCCCAGGGCGCGAUGGCCGGCCCGGAGAGAUCUGUGUGGUGGGACCCAAGGGGCAGAAGGGUGACCCUGGGCUGGUGGGACCCGAGGGGCUGGCCGGGGAGCCGGGGCCCCCGGGGAAGCCAGGAUCUCCUGGGAUCGGUUUUCCAGGGAAGCCGGGAGACCCUGGUGGCCCCCCAGGUCCAAAGGGAGAAAAGGGCAGCUCGGGAGCUCCUGGACCUGGAGGAUCCCCUGGGAUGCCCGGUCCUCCCGGCAUCCUGGGGCCGAAAGGAGACAAGGGCGAGCCCUGCGAGGUUUGUCCCACACUGCCCGAGGGGAUGCUCGGUGCCGCGGGGCUGCCCGGAGAACCGGGACCCAGGGGAGCGCCCGGAGCGCCCGGCAGGGACGGCGCCUCGGACAGACCCGGACCGGCAGGACCCAAAGGGGACAGGGGAGAUCCCGGCAUCCAAGGGAUGAAAGGGGAGAAGGGGGACUCCUGCAUGGCCUGCGAUGACCGUGUCCUCGCCGCGCUGCUGCGGGCACCCAGCGAGGGGCUGCGGGGUGACCCAGUGGGUGAAGAGGGGUUCUCCAGGCUGGCUGGCAUCAAGGGUGAGAAGGGGGACAGCGGCCAGCAGGGACCCACAGGCACACCGGGUCUCCCGGGAGACAAGGGUGAUCUGGGUGCACGGGGGCUCAAAGGAGAGAAGGGGGAGCCAUGCGGGCAGUGCCCUCCCAUGCCACAGGCCCUCGAAGGGGCUGCCACGGUGCUGGCGGUGCCAGGACCACCGGGGGAGAGGGGCCAGGGUGGCCCCCCCGGCAGAGCGGGCAGGCCCGGGGAUGCUGGGCAGAAGGGGCAGAAGGGGGAUGCAGGCAGCCCCGGGGACCCGGGCACCCCAGGCAUGGCUGGAGUCCCAGGGCUGUCGGGUGAGCCCGGCCUCAGGGGUCCAGCCGGCCCCAAAGGAGAGAAGGGAGAUGCUUGUGAGCCUGGUCCUGCUCCACAUGGGGAUGUGGUCAGCAUCCCUGGAAUACCAGGGCCCAAAGGGGACCAGGGCCCCCCGGGCAUCGGCCAGCCAGGCAGAGCUGGGAAGCCAGGACUGCCGGGGAUCCAGGGCCCCAUGGGGCUGAAGGGGCUGCAGGGCGAGCCAGGACCACCGGGCAUUGGCCAUCCAGGACCACAGGGAGAGCCCGGGAGCACCGGAGCCCCCGGGACACCCGGCUCCCCCGGACCACAGGGCCCUCCAGGGCUGCCGGCAGAGAAAGGUGCCAAGGGAUCUCCGGGGCCCAAAGGUGCUGCAGGACCCCCGGGGCCACCAGGGACCAGUGUCCCAGGGCCACCGGGCCCUGAAGGGCAGCCGGGGCUCCCCGGGGCACCCGGGUCCAGCGGGCUGCCGGGGGAGAAGGGUGCCCAGGGUGAGAAGGGAGACCCUGGGGAAUGCUCCUGCCCCCCUAGCCUGCGCCAGGACCCCAGCUACUCCGGGAUGCCAGGAGCCCCAGGCCUGUGGACAGGGAUGACCUGGCAGCCACAGCCAGGCCCGCAGGGUCCCCCCGGAGCUCCCGGGCCCCCGGGCCCCCCCGGUGCCCCAGGCCGCCAGGGAAUGCCAGGACACAACGGUUUGCCAGGACUGCCUGGGCCAGCCGGAGACCUGGGCCCACUGGCCAUCAUGGCAGAGAGGAACAUUGAGGUGCUGAAGACCCUGUGCGGGGACUGCGCGCAGCUGCAGGCAGCCUUCGAGGUGCCCGGUGGUGCCAAGGGCGAGCAGGGCCCCGGGGGGAUGCCGGGUGCCCCCGGCAGCGAGGCCUGCGCCCAGUGCUUCGCGCAGCUCCCGAGGGCGGAGGAGGCCCGGGGUGACAGCCCCGACCCGCACUGCGCGGGUGAGCCCGGGCUGCCGGGAGCUCCGGGGAUCCCUGGCGAGAGGGGAGAGCAGGGCUCACCAGGAAUUCGCGGACCCCCAGGGCCACCCGGACCCAUCGGCCCUCCAGGUUUUCCUGGAACACCUGGUGCACCCGGACUGCCCGGUCUCCAGGGGGAACGUGGCCCUGCCGGGCUCGCUGGAGCCAAAGGGGAGCCGGGACCUCCAGGGCAGCCCGGCUACCCGGGGGCAACAGGGCCCCCCGGCCUCCCUGGCAUCAAAGGUGAGCGAGGCUAUGUGGGCCCCCCUGGGGAGAAAGGGGAGCUGGGACCCCCCGGCUUGGACGGUCUCCCCGGCCCCAUAGGGCCAGCGGGGCCAAGGGGCGAGCGAGGGCUCCCUGGCAGCGCUGGUGAGAAGGGGGAGCAGGGUUUCCAGGGCCAGCCUGGCUUUCCGGGACCACCGGGACCUCCCGGCUUCCCAGGGAAGGUCGGGCCAGCCGGCCCACCGGGACCUGCAGCUGAGAAGGGCAGCGAGGGCAUUCGUGGCCCCACUGGGAUGCCAGGGCCCCCUGGGCCCCCUGGACCCCCAGGCAUCCAGGGUCCCGCUGGCUUGGAGGGACUGGACGGCAAGGAUGGCAAGCCAGGGCAGCGGGGUGACCCUGGCCCCCCUGGGCCACCAGGGAUGAUGGGUCCUCCGGGUUUCAAGGGGAAGACGGGGCACCCAGGUCUCCCGGGACCAAAGGGUGACUGCGGCCAACCUGGUCCCCCGGGGAGCAUGGGCCGGCCAGGAGCAGAGGGUGAGCCUGGACCCAUGGGACCCCAAGGCCGGCAGGGACCCCCGGGGCUCAUUGGACCCCCUGGCACCCCGGGGCAGCCGGGUCCCGCUGGCCUCGCUGGAGUGGGGCUGAAGGGUGAGCGCGGCUCCGCUGGGGAGCGAGGCCUGCCCGGGAUGCCAGGACAGCCGGGACCCCCCGGCCACCCAGGGCCACCGGGGGAGCAGGGACCAGAUGGACCCGUGGGUAAAGAGGGUCCCCCAGGAAAACCUGGCAUCGCAGGACCGGCUGGGCAGAAGGGUGAUGCUGGAUCCCCCGGCGAGCGCGGCUACCCUGGGGAGAAGGGCAGAGCCGGCAUGCCGGGGGGGCCCGGGAAAAGCGGCUCCAUGGGGCUCGUGGGGCCACGGGGACCUGCAGGAGAGAGGGGUCCCCCGGGCUCACCGGGCCCCGCGGGCAGCCCCGGGCUGCCGGGACCCCCCGGGAUGAUGGGAGAUGUGGUGAAUUACGACGAGAUCAAGAGGUUCAUCCGGCAGGAGCUCAACAAGAUGUUUGAUGAGCGGAUGGCCUAUUACACCUCCCGGCUGCACUUCCCGGUGGAGAUGGUGGCAUCCCCGGGGAGACCCGGGCCCCCAGGGAAGGACGGGCUGCCCGGCCGGCCGGGCCCGCCCGGCUCCCCAGGGAUGCCGGGGCAGAUCGGCAGGGAGGGCCGGCAGGGUGUGCCGGGCAUGCGGGGUGAGCCGGGCGCCAAAGGAGAGAAAGGAGAGAAGGGCGUGGGGCUGAUGGGGGACAUUGGCCCCCCGGGACCCCCAGGUCCCCAAGGGCCCCCAGGCUAUGGGAAGAUGGGCCCCCCCGGCCCCGUGGGGCAGCAGGGCAUCCCCGGCAUCCCCGGCCCGCCCGGUGCCACGGGGCAACCAGGCAAGACAGGGCACUGCAGCCCGGCGGAGUGCAUGGGGGCCCUGCCCAUGGAGCAGCCCCUCUUCCAGCCCAAGAACGUCAAGGGCCCCUUCGGCUGAGGGUCCCCCCGUGCCCCCGUCCCCCGCCUGUGCUGUUAAUAUUGUUUCCCCGCUGUGCCGGGGCCGUGCCUGUCCCGCGGGGGGCGGGAGGCGGGUGUUGUACAGCUCCACUGGGAUCGGGAGGGCGGGUGGAUCCUGCCCGGUCAAAUACACCCGUGCUGGUGCCCCCACGCC